UUUCAUUCCUGUGGCAUUGCACAUUCAACUAGUCUGAACUGUGUAUAUCACACCUUUCCUGCGAAGUCGAGGACUAGGGUGGCUUCAAUAAAGAAGUGCAUAAUCACCUCCUUCUUCACCCCCCCCCAAUCACAAUAGAAGUCGUCUGCAACCUCGGCUUUUCGAUAUCUUUGUCAAUAUGACAAGAUCCCCCAAAAUAGUUACCAUAUUCGGUGCCACUGGCACACAGGGAGGCUCGGUAGCUCAGUCUUUACUUCAGAACAAGGACUUCCAAGUGCGAGCGAUAAGCAGGGAUCCCGAAUCUCCGCGUGCACAGGAGCUUGAGCGUCUUGGCGCUACUAUUGUGAAGGCGAACGGGUGGAACAAAGAUGAGAUUACGGAUGCCUUCAAGGGCUCGUGGGGUGCAUUCGUCAAUACGAAUUCUGACGACCCUAUGUUUCUGGACAAACAAGGUCCCACGGAAUUUGAUCUGGGAAAGACGAUAGUUGACGCGCUGAUUGCUGCUGAUGUCAAGAAUCUGGUGUACAGCUCCUUCGUCUCCACCAGGGAAUACACCGGUGGUGCAAUACCCAUGAAAUCAAUGGAUGAGAAGAGUCGUAUCGAAAAAUACGCUGUCGCGUCGGGGCACUUCUCCACUGUAGGCUCCAUUCACGCCGGCUGGUACAUGGAGAACUAUCUCAAUGAGGAAGUCGCCCAAGUCAUGGGCGGUUUCCCAUUUUACGCGGAUGCAGAGGGGUACAAGACUCUUUAUAUGCCGCUGUGGGGUAAGACGCGCGGCACUGGGAUUCCAUGGAUAUGCAUAGAUGAUGAUUUCGGUGAUCUUGUUCAUGGAAUGUUUUUGGAUCCGAAAAAGUAUCAUCAACGGCCUGUUCCCGCCAUCAGUGAAAUUCUGUCGUGGGAUGAAUUUGCGCGAGCUUUCGAAAAAGUCACCGGCGAAAAAGCUCGAUAUGUUCCUAUACCUGCGGGGGAGACGUUGGCUCCUGGGGUUAGCGAACUAGAUGACCACCGAGAGCUUUUUCGGUUUGGCCAGGCAACAGAUGGGAAAUAUUUUGGAGACUUGCCAGGAACAACUGAUAUCGCGGCGACUCUCAAAGGAGCUGCUACUUUAGCUCGGGGGAAAAGCGAAUCAGAGGCUCAGUUGACGACAGCCGAGAAGUGGUUUAGAAGCAACUACAAGGCAAAGGCAUGAAUGCUAUGCAUGGACACUGGGCAGUUAUGCACAGAUACCGGCGGUCAUAUGCUGGUCAACUCAACGCAAUGGGACCAUAUUCUUGCAUAGAACAGUAUAUUCCCUGCUCGACAGAAGUAUCUGGGUAUACACCGUAGUAGUUAGUGUACAG